AUGCCAAAUAGUUGUGCUGCUUUUGGUUGUUCAAACCAUAAUUUAAUGGAAAAUAAACCUGGAUUCUACAGAUUUCCGAAUAACAACCCAGAACGAAGAAAAAUGUGGAUAAGUGCAUGUAAAAGGAAAAACAAAGAUGGUACUGCUGACUGGAACCCAACUGGAAAAAAUGUUUAUCUCUGUGGGAAACAUUUUACAACUGAAAAAAACAAGAAGAAAAUAGAAAGAUUCGAGUCAGCCAAAAAAAGAAGCCUAGCAAAAGCAAGAACACCCGUCGCACCAAAAAAACAGCGUACCUUAAAUUUUGUUUCACCAGGAAAGCCACCAUUACAGCAAAGUAACACAUUUAUUUCACCACCACUAUCACCAUGUUCUAGUACUACAUCUCUGAUGUCACCACUGCCAGAAAUGCCUGAAAUGGAAGUAGACUUUUCUCUUUCUUCACAAACACAACAUUUAACACCAGUAACUAUAUCAAGACCAACAACCUUAAAUGCAAGUACCCAGAACACAAGCUCAAUUUUGGAUAAUAAACAUUUAAUUGAAAUAACAAAUCUGACAGAAGCUCUUCAAAAAGCAAAAAUUACAGUUAAUGAUCUUGAGAGUAAAUUCAUAUGCUAUGAACAUCUGAAAAAAAAGCCAGCAAAAUUUAAAUAUAACACUGGAAUAAACAAAGAUCAAUUUGACACUGUUUUUGACAUGGUGAAAGAUUCGUUGCCAAAAAAAUUUCGAUCGAAGAUGCCUUUCAAAGAUCAGUUGCUGAUGACUCUUGCAAAGCUGCGUUUGAACCUACAAUUUGAAAAUAUGGCAGACCAAUUCAACUGUCCAAGAAGUACUGCCCAUGAAGUAUUCCAAAGGUGGAUCGACUUACUCUCUACAAAAUUAUCAUGGCUAAUACAUUGGCCUGAUCAUGAUGCAAGCAUUCACUCUCUUCCAAAUGUUUUCCGACAAUAUUUUCCAAGGUUGACUGGUAUUAUUGAUUGCACUGAAAUUUUUAUUGACAGGCCAAAAAAGUCCUUUAUAAUUGCAAUAUUGGGAACUGUAAAAAAUUUUUUAUCAUAA